AUGGCUCCUGAGCUUCAUCAGGCCAAAAGCAACCAAAUGGCCAGCCCAAGCAGCACUUUGAUGCUCCAGGAACAACGCUCUCCGGCUGCGGCGCUGACUGCAAGUGGUGUUUGUGUUGCAGUAGUGGAUGAAGAUACGGUUUCUGAUGUAGUGGUAGAGGUUUUCAGCGUUGUAUCCGGUCUGGAGGUCGACGGAGAUCUUGUGUUCGUGCGAAAUGCUCCGCUUGCCAUGGUUGAAUGCGAGGCGUCUGAUGUUGCUAAAGAGGUGCUGGGGGAUGGGGAGAGAGUGGAGGCUUCCAUGCCGGAAAUUGUCGCCGAACUAGCCAGUGCAGGAGUUGCCGUAAUGGCACUCGUGCUGACAUCGGGCGCUCCCGGAGUGGUGGAAACUGGUUGGGUUGUGGUCGGUAAAAUCGGUGUUGUGCUGGGUAGAGACACCCUUGUAGCUCCGAGAUCAGUGCUUGAGCUGGCCGUGUUUGUAACAGUCACAUCCAGUGAAAGUGAUUCCGUGUUGCUUGCAGCGGUAGCAGUUGGAGCAGUCGCCGGGUUUGGAGACUCAGGAUGCCCUUGUGUUGAGCUGGUAGACAACUCGGAGGCUAUGCCCACAGAACCAUCACCGGUGACACUGGUUGAUGUUGGUUCUGAGAGCUGCGUGUUCGUCGAUAUAUCAGAAGAACCUAAACCUAACGUGCUGGUGAUGAGAAAGCCUUGACUAUCGUAACUCUUGGGUAUCGUUGAUGCUGCAGGGUUGACUAUCACAACAGUUGGAAAGCCACGAUCAUCGUACGAGGUGGUCACUUCAGAGUAAAGCGACCCCGAGACCAAAGACGACACUUGCGCAGAUGGCGACGGAGGGGAUGGAGUCUGUAGCCGCCCCAGCGAUCGAGGCGCUUACCACAGUCACGGCCGUCGCGGUUGCCGUUCCCGACCAUGGCCAGCCAGUCCGGGUUGCGGAGACGGAAUUCGUGUUAUCUCCAUUACCAAAGGCCAAUGGAGCGCUGUUCGAGACAUGCGAAGUGACCGCGGGCGCAUCGGCCGUCGAGACGGGUGUUCCGUUGCCUUUGGAGUUGAUCUGACCUCCAGUGGACACGAUGGACUGCCAUGUGCCACUUGUGCCCGAGUACGAAUACUGGGACCCUGUCGAGUAGUCCGUGACAUGAACCGACUUGACAUACAUAGUGAAGGGACCAGCAGAAUAGUCUGUCACGCCGCCAGCCCAUUGUAUUGUCCCUUCCGGGUUGGACGGGUCUCCUCCAGCCCAGGCACCCAAUUUGACGUACAUUGGCGUCUGGGGAUACUGCCCGGAUUCGGCUUGUUCCUGGGUCAUGGCUCGCACAGUGGUCCCGUCGAUAGACCAAACAAUCUGGUCAGCAGUCCAGUCGAUACUGUAUGUGUGAAAGGUGUCAUGAUUGUUGUCCGCGCCGUGGAAAGCUCCGCGGUUGUACCCG